AUGAUCAACAAACAUGGGUUCAAGAGAGCCGGCGCGCUCUGGAAGAUUAAAUUCCCCCAUGAGCCACCUCCGCCGGACAUCCCGCCAGAACCUCCGCCACCUUCACAACCCCCACCUCAGGAAACAACGCUACCCCGUUCCACUUUACCCAAAGCAAAACUCCAUCCGUUUGCCCACGGUAUGUGUAAACGAACAUUUCCGCUCCAAAAUGGAUUAACACGCCACCUCAGAUACAUGCGCAAUGUCACAUGCCCUGUCCCAGAGAAAAAACGCCCGCGAGCCAACGAACCGAUUCCAGAGGAAUCAGCAUUUCCCUGUGAGAAAUGUUAUAUGGUAGCGCGCUCUAAAACGGGCCUUAAAUCCCAUAUUAGAGCAAAACAUCCUGAGAACCCCACAAAAAGGAUGCACCCAAAGUUCAACUCAUCCCGCAACCUGCUCCGCUACGCUGUGAAUUUUGUCUACGUGACUUCGCCAACAUUGGUGGUCUCGCAUGCCACAAAGAGUUUAAAUACCCACCUGGAACUCCAAUUCUGCCAGCAACAAUACAAGUAA